UGCUGCCGUCGGGUAGAGCGAUCGCGUGUGCCUGCCUGCCUGUUGGUCUCGACACCUCGGCUAGACAGGAUCGCCUUUUCCACUUGACCGCCGACACCACGACUUAAUUCUGCUUAUUCCAUGGAAUAAGCUAAAAAUGUCUCGCUACCGCAUGUCAAGCACUCUCUUUCUCCUAAUUGCUGCACUAAAAGCCUGCCUUCACGGAUUCCACGAAAUCCAUCUUUUGAAAAUAUACCAAGAUGUGAGGCGAGGCUCCUGAACAGCAGGGGGCAGCGUACGCCCUUGCCACCACCAUGAACCUGUCAGAAGCGGGCAACAAUAGCAGCGUGGACGUACACUCUGUGCGCGAUGAGCAACUCGCGCGGGUGGAGAUCGCCACGCUGGUUUUCAUCUUCGCCGUGACGGUGGUGGGCAACUCGCUCAUCCUGGCGGCCAUCCUCUUCCGGCGGGCCAAGAUUUCUCGCAUGUACUUCUACAUCAUGCACCUGAGCAUCGCCGACCUGGUCACCGCCUUCUUCAACGUGCUGCCGCAGAUCGCGUGGGAGCUGACGUACCGCUUCCGCGGCGGCAACGUCCUCUGCAAGGCAGUCAAGUUCGGCCAGAUCCUCGGGCCCUACCUCAGUUCGUUCAUCCUGGUGCUGACCGCCGUGGACCGGUACUACGCCAUCUGCCUGCCGCUGUCGUACUUCACGUGGCCCGUGCGGCGCGCCCGCGCCCUUGUCGUCGUUGCCUGGCUACUGGCCCUGGCGUGCUGUGCCCCGCAGACGUUCAUCUUCUCCUACCAACCGGCCACGCCCGACGGCCUCACCUUCGACUGCUGGGGCACCUUCCCCGAGGGCUGGGGCGAGCGGGCCUACGUCACCUGGUACAGCGGCUCGGUGUUUCUGGCGCCGCUGCUGGUGCUCGUGUUCGCCUACACCUGCAUCUGCCAGGCCAUCUGGCGCAACUACAACGCCAAGAAGGACAGCAUCGCUGGGCUGCACCUGCCCAAGGAGCCGCUCGCCGGCAACGGUCCUCUUCAGCCCAGGGUCCACUCCAUCAGGGGAAUUUCCAGGGCCAAGUUGAAAACGGUCAAGCUGACUGUCGUGGUCAUCGCAUGCUACGUCAUCUGUUCAUCACCGUUCAUCAGCGCACAGUUGUGGGCUACCUGGGACCCAGACGCCAUUAACUCACCUUUUUGGUCAGGACCCACCUUCACAAUCCUGACCCUGCUUGCGAGUUUGAACAGCUGCGUAAACCCUUGGAUCUACCUGGUAUUCAACCCCGACCUGGCCGUGCUGGUGAAGCAGCAGCUGCUGUGCCGGCGGCGGCCGCACGCCGUGCGGCGGCCAGUCACCGGGGGCGGCAGCAACUCGUCAGACUCGCAGGCCGCGACCAGCAGCCUCCGCAGCCGCUCGCGCUACACGGCCCACUACCCCCUGCUGCCGCCCCCUUCCAAGAGCUUCCUGGCGCCGCGCUCGGUGGUGCACAAGUCAUUCAGCGACCCCACGGUCGGUCUGGGCAAAGCCGCCGCGGUCGUCCUGAUUACUGUCUCCGCCAAGCCACCGGCGGACUUUGUCUAAGUGUUCAUUGUACGAGGACGAAGGACCUCGACUCCAGUCUCAUUCAAGUUGGACCGUAAAGAAUCACAAAGUGAUGGCCGUGCGCGCGUGCCCGUCGACAGGUGCAUGCUGCAUUAUUUGAGGAUUUUUAUUUGCAUCGCCGAGAGCUGUGCAGUAGUGGGAACUGCGCGUAAAAAGUACAUUAAGACAUGUCAGUAUAUUUAUUUUAUAUUAUGAUGUUUUCUAAUUUUAAAUUUUUUAUAUGAAAAUAAUUAUUUGGAUUUCAUAAUGCAAUCUACAGAUGAUGUCGUUACAAGUCCCACGAUCUUGUGUUUGUUCCAUUCAAACUAAAUUAAAAUUGUAUGCAUGUUAGCAAAAAAAAAGAACUGCUCCUCUGCUACCGUUUGAUGUUUCAAAAAUAUAAUGGCCCAUUAAUAUUCAUGAAGCAAAAUUAUGGGUGGGAUUUUUGUUAUAUAUUUAUUAAAGAAGUUUAGAGGUGAAUACUGUAAUUAUGUGUUAUUAUAAUCCGUCACAUAAAAUAUGGUUGUCUAAUGAAAUCCCUUCGCACCGCAACAAAAAUUUGGUUCUCCUGUAAAAUUAAAUUUAACAUUUUUUUAAAUCUGGAAAUAAUUUAAAUUUGAAAAGAGACUUGAAAGUAGAAUUUUGAAUUUGCUCACUAUUUCAUGCGGUUUAAUACAAAAAUUAAUAAAUUCAAACUUGUUUAAAAAUGUGAUACCUGUAAUUUGACCAUUUGUUUUAAAGGUCAAUUAAAAGCCAAAUUUGUCUGGAAUACAAUAACUAUUUUUCCGUAUUUUGAAAAAAGAAUACUAGAGAUUUGUUGCAUUCCUCACAGGAAAUUGAGAAAACAGACUCCACAUGCUCGAUGAAAUCAAUGAGACAUUUAUUUAUCGCCUUCAAACUUGUUUCGGCGUCGAUAUUGCGCCCCAUUUCGUGGGACCGCGACGGCUGGAUCAAAAAUACCAAUCCUAUUGUUGUCAGCGAGGAUGAAGUCUGUUUUCUCAAUUUCCUGUGAAGAAUAUAUGUAGUUGAAUGGCAGCAAAAAAAUAUGAAAUGGAAAAUAGUUUUUCCGAUGCUUCAUCUUUUUAUGUAUGACGCAGGUAAAAAGCAUUUGGUCAGAUUUGAGAUAUUUUGCAAUUGCACACUAAAAAGCAAAGCGUAUUGCUUGUCCAUGUUUGCAGCUUUUGGCAGCAUUCUUUACUUCAUCCAUUGAAAUAGAUGUUGCUGUCAAAUGUUUCUUAAAAAUAUUGCUGACAUUGCUAUAUACCUAUCACUGUAAUAAUGAACAUGUGAGGAAAAUAUCAACAAAGUCUGUUCUUGAUGGAAAAUAAAUUGAAUGAUUCAUGUCUUACAAAAUUCUCUGCAGCACUAAAUCGAGAGUAUGUGUCAGGACAAAAUCAUGUGAUUUUAAUUAACUUCAAUCAGGUUGACACCGCUCCCUUUUUUGUCUGUAAGACGCUCCAUUAAACAAAUUUUUUGCUUUUUCAAUUCCAGGUUCACUACUUAUUGCCGAUAAGUUAUUGUGUACAACCCUUCUAGAUUAAUUGCUCCACAAGAGAGCGUGAACCAUUAUAGAGAGGGCUUAAGCCUAAAGAUAUAAACAUGUUUUUAAGUUUUGUAAUAAAGUUUAUACAUGUUAGAAACCAAAGAUCUCUACGACUGAAUACUUUGUAAGGGUAAAUAUUAUGGACCAUUUGGAUGUGCAGGUUGUGAAACUCAGAGAGAUGUCAAAUAUUAAAGAUUAAAAUCUCAUCUGGAAUUGAAAAAGUCUUCGCCGAUUGUGUGUACCUGUACAAAAAUAAUGUGUAAUUUACAAUGAUAACGAUGUAUAAUAUGUAAAGCAGUGGCGUGAUGUAUUGGGUGCGUUGCGUAUAUUUGAAAUAAUGCUGCAUAUUGCGCAGUUAGAAUGAAAAACGUGUGUUCGCUCUUCCGAAAGUGGGAUUUGACAGCUGCCAGUUCGAAGUGAAAUUUCCCGAUUUUAAACAUAUUUAGCAAUUAAAUGGACAGAAAAAGAACUAAAACCAGUUAAGACAUUAUUUCUCUUUUUUAAAUCCAAAUGUGAAUGUUUUUGCAAUCCGCUGUUGUCAAAAGAGAAAACGCAGCUAAAAUAUAAUUCGUUUAAAUGAAAACAAACUCUUGUGUAGCGUGUAGAUGUUAAGAUUUGUGUGAGGAAAACGAUGUUGGAGUUGUGUUAAAUAUUUCCUGCUUGUAAAUUAAAAAUUUGUGUCUCAUAAUUAUUUGAGAUUUUAUUUUUUCGUGUGUACGAGGAAGAAGAUAAAAAGAGAUUCGUUGCUCAUAUAA